ACUUCGGGCAGAUCAGGCGGUUCCGUGUCUCUGGACUCCUCUCAUGCCGUCGCCAGGACACUGGAUUCAGCAGUGACCGACCCGCAGCUCCAUGAAGAUGGCGUGGAUCGGGGACGCGGACCCGUUCACUGCUGCCAUACCUGCCACCAAAGUUGAACUCAGCGUGUCGUGUCGAAACUUGCUGGACAGAGACACAUUCUCCAAAUCUGAUCCAAUUUGUGUGCUGUACACUCAAGGCAUAGCCAACAGGGAGUGGAGAGAGUUUGGCAGGACAGAGGUCAUAGACAACACCCUCAACCCGGACUUUGUCCGCAAAUUCAUCCUGGACUAUUUCUUCGAGGAGCGACAGAAUCUACGCUUUGAUGUGUAUGAUUUAGACUGCAAGAGCGACAACCUCUCCAAACACGACUUCCUGGGCCAGGCCUUCUGCACGCUGGGCGAGAUAGUUGGCUCACUGGGAAGCCGUUUGGAAAAACCUUUAAUCGGAAUCCCAGGGAGAAAAUGUGGAACAAUCAUAGUGAGAGCAGAGGAGCUAAGCAACUGCAGGGAGUCUGUGAUGCUACAGUUUUGUGGCAACAAACUAGAUAAAAAGGACUUCUUUGGGAAAUCUGACCCCUUCCUAGUUUUUUACCGCAGUAAUGAAGAUGGAUCGUAUACCAUCUGCCACAAGACUGAAGUGGUGAAGAAUACUCUGGAUCCAGUGUGGCAGGCAUUUAAAAUUCCUGUCAGGGCUCUGUGUAAUGGAGACUAUGACAGGAGCAUUAAAGUGGAGGUGUAUGACUGGGACAGAGAUGGAGGUCACGACUUUAUUGGCGAGUUCAGCACCAGCUACAGAGAAAUGUGCAGAAGCCAAUCGCAGUUCCACAUCUACGAGGUGCUAAAUCCAAAGAAGAAAGGAAAGAAGAAGAAAAAGUAUCAAAACUCGGGAACGGUGACUCUGCUGUCCUGCCUGGUGGACACUGAGCUCUCCUUCUUGGACUACAUCAGAGGCGGGACCCAGAUUAAUUUCACAGUGGCUAUUGAUUUCACAGCAUCAAAUGGCAACCCGUCCCAGCCCACCUCGCUGCACUACAUGAGCCCGUACCAGCUGAACGACUACGCCAUGGCGCUGCGGGCUGUUGGAGAAAUCAUCCAGGACUACGACAGCGAUAAAAUGUUCCCUGCACUGGGCUUUGGUGCCAAACUGCCUCCUGAUGGACGGGUCUCCCAUGAGUUUGCUCUGAACGGAAACCCACAGAAUCCAUACUGCAACGGUAUCGAGGGGGUGAUGGAGGCCUAUUAUCAAAGUCUCAAAUCUGUGCGUCUCUAUGGACCCACCCACUUCUCCCCUGUCAUUAACCAUGUCGCCAGGUAUGCGUCAGCAGUGACCAACGGCUCUCAGUACUUCAUCCUCCUCAUCAUCUCUGAUGGUGUGAUUACAGAUAUGGCACAGACCAAGGAGUCGAUAGUCAAUGCUGCAUCUCUGCCCAUGUCAGUCAUAAUAGUUGGGGUUGGACCAGCUGAAUUUGAUGAAAUGAUUGAGCUAGAUGGCGAUGAGGAGAGGAUCUCAUCCCAAGGAAGAUACGCAGAGAGAGACAUUGUUCAGUUUGUUCCAUUCAGAGACUACAUCGACCGGCGGGGAAACCACAUCCUUAGCAUGGCUCGUCUGGCUAAGGAGGUGUUGGCUGAAAUCCCAGACCAGUUCCUCUCCUACAUGCGGACCAGAGGGAUUAAACCUGGCCCUUUGCCACCUCCUUACAUUCAAGCUGUUCAGCCUCUCUUCACCAGACGGGUGAGCCGAAUCUAAGGCCUCACCCCGACGGGGGCCAGCCUGGUCGACUGGCCUCUACUCUGCUUUCUCUGCUUCUUCUUCCAGCUCUUCACGGGAGGCUUUUGAGCACAUGGUGAACCUCGACGGCUCUGUCAUGUUGCACUUUCCCGAAAGUUUGGCCCGUGACGGGUGAUGCCAACAAUCCGAUUGGAAGCUUUCACUUUUAGAAGAAGGGACUUUGUGGAUGCUGUGAGGGGCCUCGUUGGUAGGUCAAAGGUCAUCUCAAGGGAGGCGUGAACAGGGUGGAAACUCGAUGCAGCCUGAUAUGAAGGGUCCAAACUGCGGAGGCCUGUAUUUUUUUUUUUUUCAAGACGCUGUUCAGUUCACUUCCUCCUUCACAAAGCUAUUUUUCUCUCUCUCCUAAAGUUUACAGUAUUGAGGCAACAAGUGUGGAGAAAACACUGUUUAUGCCAAUCAAUGUGAAAGCCUUUCAGAUUUUUAACUCUUGACUGCACAGUCUCGGGGUUGUGACUUGUACAAAACCUGUUUUCGUGCCAGGAA